AAUCUCGAUGCGGAGGCACCAUUUUCUGUAAUAAACACACAGUAGUUGUUAGAAUUUUAGCAAUUUAUUUGGUGCCUUAAGCGAAAUUUGAUUUCCUUGCAUAGUGUUUGACGAAAGUUAGUUUCCGUAAGUCAAGAAGAGCAGCUGCUCCACACUCCUGCUUUCUAGUGCGCUCGUGCUGGGUUUUCCAUUCUUGUCCUUCGGUCAGUGCUGCUCCUCCUCAGCAGUUUGCCCUGUUUAUUUCACAGAAAGCUGAUGACAACGAAACACCGCAACGCUUUUAAUUUGCUCGUGCGCUGCUCAGUUGGUAGAAUGGGGUUUGCGUGUUGAUAGCAGCGUCCUAGCUCGCUAAACUGAGUUAGUAAGACUGAGGGCCCCUCAGCGCGUGAACGCCGCCGCGCGAUGUUUACCUGUACGUCGAGGCUGCUGAGCGCCGUGAGGCACACGGAGGUGCGGCACAUACUGAGAAAUGUCACCACCUGGUCUCCUGUUGGAGCUGCUUUUAAUGUGAGACCGCAGAGGAGAGUCGAGCUGUGGGAGAAGAACGUGGGCUUAUUUGGAGUUCCAGAGCUCAGUUCCCCAGGAGGUUUUGAGGUCACCUCGGAAAGAGCCUUGAAAGAGACUGAACAGCUGGUGGACACGGUCUGCAAGAACCCCCCUGGUGCCUCGACGGUGCAAGCCUUUGACCAGCUGUCUGACAGUCUGUGUAAAGUGGCAGAUCUGGCUGACUUUAUUAAAGUAGCUCAUCCAGACCCUGCGUUCCGAGAAGCAGCUGAGAAGGCAUGUUUAAAGAUCGGUACCAUGGUAGAAAAACUGAACACGAAUGUUGAUCUAUGUAAAUGUCUGAAGGAUCUGUUGGAUAACAAGGAAGUUAUGGCAGCAUUGGAUCCAGAGACCAGGAGGGUAGCAGAGCUCUUCAUGUUUGAUUUUGAGAUUAGUGGAAUACACCUGGAUGAAAAAAAGAGGCGAAAGGCAGUGAACCUCCACGUGAAGCUCCUUGAUUUAAACAAUGAGUUCCUGGUGGGCUCACACCUCCCAAAUAAGAUUGAGAAACGGGCCCUGCCUGAACACAUCCGCCACCAUUUUUCCCUGGAUGGCAACUACAUUCAAAUUGGGGGUCUACAUGCUGAGUCAUCAGAUGAGCUGGUUCGAGAGGCGGCGUACAAGAUUUUUCUUUAUCCCAAUCAAAAUCUGAUGAAAUGCCUAGAUGAGCUUCUGUCCUGCAGGGACAAGCUCGCCAAACUGGUGGGCUAUGAGUCAUUUGCACACAGGGCUUUAAAGGGAACAAUGGCAAAAACUCCAGAGACCGUGAUGGAAUUCCUCAAACUACUGACAGACAAGCUCUCAGACAGAACAGCACAGGACUUUAAAAUGAUGAAAGAGAUGAAGAUGAAACUGAAUCCUACAAAUUGUGAGCUGAUGCCUUGGGACCACCCUUAUCUCAGUGGUGUUUUGCGAGCAGAAAGGUACAACAUUGAGCCCAGCCUGUACAGCCCAUACUUAUCUCUGGGAUCCUGCAUGGAGGGUCUCAACAGCCUCUUCAGCCAGCUGCUGGGGGUCUCUUUCCAGACUGAGCAGCCCAAGAUCGGGGAGGUGUGGAGUGAGGAUGUGCGGAAACUGGCUGUUGUUCAUGAGACAGAAGGACUGCUGGGAUACAUCUACUGUGACUUUUUCCAACGGUUGGGUAAACCUCACCAGGAUUGCCACUUUACGAUCCGUGGUGGACGUCGGAUGCAGAACGGGGAGUACCAGCUGCCUGUGGUAGUGCUAAUGUUGAACUUGCCCCACCCUGGCCAGAGCGCACCCACGCUGCUCACCCCAGGCAUGAUGGAGAACCUCUUCCACGAGAUGGGGCAUGCCAUGCACUCCAUGCUGGGACGAACACGUUACCAGCAUGUAACAGGAACGCGGUGUUCCACCGAUUUUGCAGAAGUCCCUUCUAUUCUCAUGGAGUACUUUGCCACCGAUUACAGGGUGGUAAACCAGUUUGCACGCCACUAUCAGACAGGCCAGCCUCUGCCGGAAAACAUGGUCACUCGUCUAUGUGAGUCCAAGAAGGUGUGUGGUGCUGCAGACACUCAGCUUCAGAUUUUCUAUGCUGUACUGGAUCAAGUUUACCAUGGCAAGCCCCAGAAUCGCUCAACAACCGAAAUCUUGAAAAAGAUGCAGGAGAAGUUCUAUGGCCUGCCGUAUGUUCCGAAUACGGCAUGGCAGCUGAGAUUCAGCCACCUUGUUGGCUACGGGGCCAAAUACUAUUCCUACCUCAUGUCACGUGCUGUUGCCUCCAUGGUGUGGAGACAGUGUUUCUUCCGAAAUCCUUUAGACAGGGAAAUGGGAGAACGCUACCGGAGAGAGAUGCUAGCGCAUGGUGGUGGAAAGGAACCCAUGCUUAUGGUGCAAGGCAUGCUCCAGAAACAGCCCACUAUUGAGGACUUUGUGGACGCACUGGUGUCGGAACUAAAUCCAGACUUUGAGACAUUCUUCAUGGACUCCGAAGGCUGAGGAACCCAUUGGCUCAGAGGAAAGUUGACUUGUCAUUAGACCUGGACAGCUUUUGUCCUCACAACCUCUGAUUUGACCUCAACCCAACUAAGCUACUUCAUAUCACUAACUAGUACUGAACUGACUUGAACUAGUUGCCCUCACAUGAUUCUUCACGAAAACAGGGAAUUCAAAUUUUUGCUAAUUAUUUUGCACCAAUUAGAGCAUUUAUUUGUAUGUGUUUUGUCUUGUGGCUUCAGUGUUAGGUGGUUUGAAAUUGAUACCUAUAAAGAUUCUUUUUC